AGUAGUUUAUGCCCAGCUGAAACUCUUCCUGGAUGAGCACAACAUCCGGGAGGUCUUUCAGUCUGGUUUCAAGGCUAUGCAUAGCACAGAGUCGGCUUUGCUAAGGGUCUCUAAUGACAUCCUCCUGGCAAACGACUCCGGUAAUUAUGUGGUUCUUGUCUUGCUGGACCUAUCUGCUGCCUUCGACACUGUGGACCAUGGAAUAUUAAUUUCCCGAUUACAGCAACAAGUGGGCAUCUGUGGCAGUGCCCUGGGAUGGUUCAGGUCCUAUCUGACAGAUAGAACCAUGCGUGUAAGCCUUGGUGGCUUUGAAUCCUCCUCUGCUCCCUUGGCAUAUGGGGUUCCACAGGGCUCAAUUUUAGGGCCCCUGCUUUUCUCCCUUUAUCUACUUCCACUGGGCUCAAUUUUAAGAAGGCAUGGCAUCUCCUUUCACUUUUACGCGGAUGAUAGCCAGUUGUAUAUGCCACUCAGGAAAGAAGAUAAUUAUUCCCUAAAAUCACUUCUGUCUUGUCUUGAGGACGAAAAAAAGACAGAAGUGAUUUUGUUCGGCCCUAAUGGCUGCCGUGAACCUCCCUCUGUUGACUUGGGUCCACUUGCAGUGUUCGUAAAGCCAACAGUUUUAAACCUGGGUUUUAUGAUGGACGGUGAUUUUAAAUUAGAUAAACAAAUAGGCGCAGUGGUUAAGUCCAGCUUCUUUCACCUAAGGAAGCUGGCAAAGGUGAAGCCCAUUCUCGAGCGGCAGCAUUUUGAAACAGUAAUUCACGCCUUUAUUUCAUCUCGGCUGGAUUACUGUAAUGCACUCUACACUGGAGUCUCACGAGCUUCGUUGGCUCGUCUCCAGUUGGUCCAACAUGCUGCCGCUCGCCUUUUAACCGGAACUCGAAAGAGGGAGCACAUUACGCCAAUUUUGGCCUCCCUUCACUGGCUCCCAGUGCACUUUCGAGUUCAUUUUAAAAUUCUUUUAUUUGUUUUUAAAUCAUUGAAUGGCCUCGACCCGCCUUACCUCUCUGAGCUGCUCCACCUAUAUGCUCCUACCCGGUGCCUCAGGUCAGCGGAUCAGCUGCUCCUUGAGGUACCAAGGUCUAAGUGGAAGCUCAGAGGGGAUAGAGCCUUUUCUGUUGCUGCCCCGGCACUCUGGAACACCUUGCCGCUGCAGAUCAGACAGGCCCCUUCACUGUCCAUCUUUAAAUCCUCCCUAAAAACUCACUUUUAUUCACUGGCUUUCGACACUGGCUGAGACAUUGUUCCUGUUUUAGUGCUUUUAAUGUCUUUUAAUUUUUUACUGUUUUUAUAGUCCUGUCGUCUUAAUGGUUUUAGUAGUUUGUAAUAACUUUUUGUUGAUUUCCCAUGUACAGCACUUUGUGGUAACUGAUGUUGUCUAAAAGCGCUUUAUA